AUGGGAGUCGCUGGACGAGACCCUGAUAUACAUGUCACGCAGCAAAUCGCUCUCUUGCAUCAACGCUAUCACCUUCCUUGCAUACCUCGUUCCUUCCAUACAGGACAAACAGCGACAGUUGUGGUCAGUGAACUGAUUGAGCCAUCGCCUCCCCCAGUCUCCGUAUCAGUGGAGAACGAAGAUGUGCUACUAUCCGCUUCUGCCAAUAAUUCCAUUUUUUUAGCUGAUGAUGAGUUUGAGGAGUUGUGCUUCCAGUUCGGCUUGGAGCUUGAUGAAAUUACUUCAGAGCAGGAGCUCGUUGCUCGUGAACAGGGACAAGACCGUGCCAAAGACUUCAGUUCCGAUAAAAUUUACAAAGUAGAGGUCCCUGCCAACCGAUACGAUAUCUUAUGCCCCGAAGGACUCUGUAGGGCACUGAAGGUAUUCAAUGGGGAAAUUAUGGUCCCAAAUUUCAAACGGUUAACAGUGAACGCACCGAUCCAGUUGUCUGUUCGACCGGCGACUCAGAGCGUACGACCUUUUGUUGUUGCUGCAUUGCUACGAAAUGUCAAGCUGGACGAGGCGAGCUUUAACAGUCUCAUUGAUCUUCAAGAAAAGCUCCAUCAAAACAUUUGCAGGAAGCGCUCUCUGGUAGCCAUUGGGACACACGACUUUGACAGCUUGUCACCUCCGUUUGUGUACGAUGCAAAACCGCCUGAGGAGAUCCGUUUUAUCCCACUGAAUAAAACCCAAGCAUACACUGCUCCAGAACUCAUGGAACUCUAUUCGACAGACAGUCAUUUGAAGCCCUACCUUCCAAUCAUACAGGACAAGCCAGUGUAUCCGGUGAUCACAGACGCUAAUGGAACGGUGCUUUCAAUGCCUCCGAUCAUCAAUGGUACGUUUAUUGUAAUUCACAGUGAACACAGUCGUGUGACUCUCAAAACUCGGAACAUUUUCAUCGAAGCAACGGCCACCGACUUGCACAAAGCUUCUAUUGUCCUCGACACGCUAGUCACAAUGUUCUCUGAAUACUGUGACCCACAAUUCACGGUAGAACCGGUCCUGGUUAUCCAACAUGACGAUAGUCAUCACUUGUUCCCUCGUUCCAUACACUGUCCUUCUUCAGCUGGUUCUUCCGGUCUACUGUCUGUACGCAUCCCGCCAACUCGACAUGACAUUCUACACGCUUGUGAUAUUGUAGAGGACGUGGCUAUCGCGCACGGAUACGAUAACAUUCCGGAACAAUUACCCCAAACCUACAAUAUCGCCUUUAGACAACCGAUCAAUAGGCUUGCUGAUAUGAUUCGCACAGAGAUCGCGCACGCUGGUUUCACCGAGGCUCUCAGUUUCUCUCUAUGUUCCAGGGAUGACAUUUCGGUCAAGUUGCGCCAUAACCUCAAAGAUAUUCCUGCCGUCCAUAUUUCCAACCCGAAAACAUGUGAUUUUCAAGUCGUCCGAACCACCUUGCUUCCGGGCAUUUUGCACACGAUCAGCAAUAACCGGAGACUCCCUUUGCCUCUCAAGCUGUUCGAAGUUCAAGACGUAGUGGUCAAGGAUGCCAAUAAAGAUCCAACCUACUUCAGUGGUCGAUGCGCAGAUGUCGUUCUGUCUCCGGGACAUCACGUGGUCGGGCGCUUGGGCGUGCUCCACCCGGACGUGUUGCGUAACUUUGACCUGACAAUGCCUUGUUCCGCGUUGGAUCUGGACCUGGAAGUGUUUCUAUGAUCAAAUUUGAUUUAUUGAUGUGGCUUUUCUUGUGGACUUGGAAAUGAAUAUCAUUUUGCGAACACAGUCUUUUA